UAUCUGCGACCUACAAGGGACAGACGAUGCGCUCAAAGACCUCCGAGUGGCGUCCUUGAACACGGGGUUGUUUGGUGUUGGAAACCUGGACGGAGACGUAUUCAAAACUUUUCAGUUAUUUGUCACGACCACGAAAUUGCUGUGCAGCGGAAAAUGAGCAUCGCAGCUGAAGACUUGGUGGUUAAUUCAUAUGCUGCUGUUGAGUUCCUGAGAAAAGUGAUCAUGGAAUCUCCCCGGGAGAAAAGACCAGUACAGUCAGCUGUGUUUACCAUACAAGAUGGAAAAAAUGCUGCCGCAAGAUUGCAACGGCAAAUCAACGAUCUUGAAGAACGACUUAAGAAAUACUUCCAACGUUUAGAUGAACUAGAAAAGUUCUGCGAGAGAACGCAAAACAGAUUUGAAGAUACCCAAAGACGAAUAAGAGAAGAAUACGAGUUGAUUGAGAAAGAACACGCCAAGAGAAAAAUUGAUCGUACUGCGACUCGCAAACGGAUAAACGAAAAGGUUGAGAGAAGGAACGAGAAGGCAGCGCAGUCCAUGGACGAAAACGACCAAAAUGUGUCAGGAAAUGUUUUAAAACAAACAGUAACAGCUUCUGCGGAACUUAAAGACAUUAACAGUUUUGAAGUACGAUGAAGUGUAUUGUUAGAUAUGUAAGAAUAGGUUUCUGUCUGUUAGUUAUGAUGAAAACUUUGUUAAUCUUGGUAGUCCGUAAGACCUAUAAAGGAAGCAAAUUAGAAGUACUGGAAUAAAUUUUUGUACAACUAGCGUGAAAUACGUGCUGAAACCUGCUGAAUACAAAAUACCUUUGCAAACAGCUGAAUUCACCUUAGAAGACUCGGUGAACAAGAAAACUGCACGAUCAUCAGAAUUGCUGCAAAGCAUAAUCAAAGGAACCUAUGAAACCACGGCUAGUAGGUCAACUUACUGCAAUUUGUUAAAUUUGUAUUUUUAUUUUGUUUUAUUGUUUUCAGAAGGGCUUGUUGGAAUGAAAAAAAUUGCAAAAAAUGGAAAAAAUACUGACGUGACAAUAGUUCAGUGAAAAUCGCAAACGAACAAAAAAAUAUUCUCCAAUCUCAGCAAAAAGCGCUACAGAUCAAUCACGCACAUGAAAAAUUUCUCGUGUCAGCUGGCGAGUGAACUUUGUUGCUGCUGUUUAGUCUUCCUCUCACCUUUCUUGCCGUUUAUGUUUGCAACUUUUCAUUGCUUGGCGAAAUACAACAAUUGUUACCUGUAUGUUCGGUGGUUUUCCCACCGGAGACUCACAGAGAAAACAUCAAACCAUGGGUUUCACCGGAAGCAAUUACAAGUGAAUGGUAGGUGCUUAAAGUCAGGCCAAAAGGCACAUGAGCCAUGCAGAGCUUAUCCCGGUUUCUAUAUAGCAUGAAGCGACUAGUAAUAUUUCUACUCUCCCGC